AUGUUUUCGUCUGUGUACUUCGUUCUCCUUGUGUCUAUUACUGCCCGCAGCCAAGCGCUGAAAUGUCACUCGGGUGUCUUAGUUGUAUCAGAUCGUGGAAAGACCGUUUUUUGGAGCGUUCAGCCACUUUCCAAAAGAAAAAAAAUCAUGUUUCCGUUAGUCAAAUUGUUGAUGCUGAUGCUCCUAUUGCAAGUUACGGUGGAGGAAGUAAAAACUACAAACGGGAAAUGCGGCAACACAGAUCCUAGAACUGCUAACCUUAUCUGCAAUGCGCUUUGCAAAAAAAUGAGGUGCUCGGGAGGAGGCUACUGCAGAAUAGAUGACUGGAAUUGUGUAUGUUUAUCCUGUCCAUGAUCAAAGAACAAACC